AAUGUGACUACUUUUAUUGCGUCACUUCGAGCAGGAAACAAGCGACGAGGAACAAACACGCCGCCUUUGAAUGUAUGCAAGACUGUAAACACUGAAGCAGGUUAUUUGUAGGUGAGUGUGAAUGGAAGAUGCUUCUCCGGACGUUGUGGUCCAGACUGGGAGCCCAGCUGCAUGCAGGGAGCAGAUCAGGCUGCGUUUUAACUUCGGCCAGGACUCACUGUGCUCCGUGGAGCUUUUCCAGGACCUGCCAUUUAAACUCUAUUCAUCAGCAGCACGAGCAGAAAAGACAUGUUUCUUUGCCUGCUUUGAGUGGAUGUAAAAGUCUUAGCAGUGGGCUUUUGACUGACCCUGGGAGACUUUCAAACUGUGCAAGAGGACAAACAAGUUUGUAUUCAACCAACCUCGUAAAGACAGUGUUGAAACCAGGUUUGAAACCAGCCACAGUGCCUGGGAAGAGGGCACCCAAGGGACCACGGACGAAACAGCCGUCCAGAGCCAACCAGCCUUCCCUCAGUGAAGACAAGGAUAUGAUGCAGUGCAUUGCUUUUGCAACAGCAGAUCAGUAUCAUUUGCCAACACUUUCUCACGACUUGAUAAACCACGGCUUCCAUGAGAUAGAUUUGCCCAGAGAUGCCUCGAAUGUUCUGGUGAUAAGCACAGACAUGGCUGCAAAACCAGAUGAAAAUGCACAAAUCUUCUUCUUCAGAGAAGGCUCAGUAGUUUUCUGGAAUGUCGAGGAGAAAACGAUGAAAAACAUUUUGAGAAUCCUGGAACACCAUGAGAUCCAGCCUUAUGAAGUAGCGUUAGUCCACUGGGAAAACGAGGAGAUUAACUACACUGUGGGAGAGGGAAAUACAAAGCUUGAGCGUGGCAACUUUAUUCUGAGUGACGAUAUGGAUCAAGAGGAAGCUGUUUUGGAGAAAUUUGCAUUUUCAAAUGCACUUUGUUUGUCUGUGAAGUUGGCAAUAUGGGAGGUAGCAUUAGACAACUUUGUAGAGUCCAUUCAAUCAAUUCCAGAGACACUCAAGUCUGGGAAAAGAGUCAAGUUGUCCUCUGCAGAGGUUAUGCAGAAGAUAGGAGAGCUUUUCACAUUAAGACACUGUAUAAACCUGAGAUCUGACCUUCUCCUCACGCCUGAUUUCUACUGGGACAGAGAAAACCUAGAAAAACUCUACGAUAAGACGUGCCAGUUCCUCAGCAUCAACCGCAGAGUCAAUGUUGUGAAUGAGAAGCUGGAACAUUGCACGCAGCUGACAGACUUGAUGAGGAGCCACCUGAGUGAGAAGCACAGCUUGAGGUUGGAGUGGAUGAUAGUCAUCCUGAUUACGAUUGAGGUUAUGUUUGAACUCGCAAAAAUGAUCUUCUAAAUUGCUGCUCUGAAGCUACAACAACUCUAAAAAGGGCACAAGCAGCUAUGAAAGAAGAAUGCUGCACUGUGCGAAGGCACUGAGUCGUGAAGGGGACCUAGAUCACGCUGAAUGUAUUUACUCUUCAUGUGUUACAUCAGCAACUUUCUGAAAACCAUGAAUUAUUUUUAAAUCAAGAAUUUCACAAAUUGUUACUGAGGAUCUUGGCUGCGGGCGGGAGCAGUAUUUUACACACAUUUGUUCUUUAUUACUGUGAAAAAAACAAAGAAAAAUCAAAGUAGGCAAAAAAAGAUUUUUAAUCUUCUGUGAUGAUCU